GAUAACGAUGUAGGUACAAUGUGUAAAAUAAUACUCAUUGAAGCGAUACUCAAUUUUAGACUUUUAAGUUGAGACAAUCUUUCGUGGCGUGCACUUCAAUUGAGUUUUUUUAUUUUGUUUUCAGUGUAAUUUGGUGAAGAUGUAUUUCCUACUGACGAUUUCAUUUUUGAAAUUUGUGGGUGUAACGUUUGCUGCGCCACCAUUGGUUGAAUAUCCGUCCAAAAACGAAGUAACGCCAUAUAAUUUCCCCUUCGUGACCCGUUCGCAAUGGAACGCGAGAGCACCUAAGCAAAUGCUACCAUUGACAACGCCAGUACCAUACGUGGUCAUUCAUCACUCGUACACACCUGGAGCCUGUGCAACUAGACCCGAAUGUAUAAAGGCUAUGCAAAGCAUGCAGAACUUCCAUAUGGAUGAUAGAGAUUGGUGGGAUAUCGGAUACAAUUACGCCGUUGGUGGUGACGGGGCUGCAUAUGAGGGCCGUGGCUGGGACUCAUUAGGUGCUCAUGCACUGCAUUUCAACAGUAUCAGCAUAGGAAUCUGUGUCAUCGGCGAUUGGAGAUUUCAAUUGCCGCCAGCGCAGCAGCUCAAAACGGUACAAUCUCUCAUUGCUGCAGGAGUGAAACUCGGUCGGAUAAGUUCCGAGUACAAACUAAUAGGCCAUAGACAAGUAAGAGAUACUGAGUGUCCGGGAGACGCUCUAUUCAACGAAAUUAAGAAAUGGGAUAAAUAUGCUGACUAUCCUAGCUGUCGAGAUGAUUUGUUGUCUAUGCCGGAAGUACCUGAAAAAACUAAAGACGUUAUCCGUGGGAAUAGCACUUACGACUUUUAAGUUACAAACAAAUAUUUAUUUCAAAUCAAAGCAGAAUAUAAAUGAGUCGGAGUUACCAUUUAGGAACAAAUAUGUAUCAGGAGAUGUCUUGUUAAAACAGUGAUUGACAUUUGCAGAACCAUUGCAUUUAUGUCCAAACGUUUAUUUUACUAAGGAUACGACGCUGACAAACGAAGCUUAGAAUAUAAUUUUAAAUCAUCAUUAUAUUUUUCCAAUCACUGUUUAAAACAAAACAUGUAAGCAGCUUUAGUUUAUUUAGUACUCAAAGAAAAUGACAGAAAUAAAAUAUACCAAACAAAUCCUCGCUAUGAGAACAUAGAUACCACCUAAGAGGCAGAAAAACGUAGAUAACAUGUCUGAGUCAAAAGAGUCAAUGCAGUUACUAUUAAUUUAAGCGUAAAACAGUUAAUCUAAACUAGUUAUGAGUAUAGUCACUAAUUACAAAAAUGCUCACUUAAAUAAUCUCUAUUGAGUAUUCAAGAUAUAACUUCUUAGGAGACUUUUUGAGAAUCUUGGUAUCAAACACAACAUCGUCUGUCCUCAAAGUAUUUUUGACUGUUUCCUAAAUAUUGAUUGCAAUCAAUUAUUAUAUUAUAUAGUAUAUUAAGCUGG